CAUGACUCUGAAUUGAAAAUUAUUAUUCUUUUAAGUAAAACAACAAUAACUUGUCACCGCCGAACUGCAGAGGCAGCUUGGCGAUAAUUAAGGCAGUCAAUCCGGCCACAAUCCAUGUGACUUUCAAUUCACUCUCACACUCUCUUCCUCUUUAUUACUUCUCACCAAUCCCCCCACACAAAUCAACCCUCCUUCCCAUUCCCAUGGCUUCUUCAAUCCUUCCUCUCCUUCUACUCUUCCUCAGCCUCUCCUCAAUGUCACUGAUCAGUAACGCCAACAAAGUAAUAGUGAUGGACGCUAUGCAAUGGCAGCAACCCUCCUCCUCAUCGGCAGCAAUGUCUCUCUACGACGGUGACGGAGACGAUGAAAGUGACGAAGGGUUUGGCGAGGAGAGGAGAUCUCUGUACUGGAGCUCCGGCGGAGGAGGAAGUCGGUACCACAUAUCGUAUGGGGCGCUGUCGGCGAACAGAGUCCCCUGCCCACCGCGCUCUGGAAGGUCUUACUAUACCAAUAACUGUCAUACCACGAAGCAGCCUGCCAACCCUUAUCAGCGCGGCUGCUCUUGCAUCGUCCACUGCAGGAGAUAGCUUCUAUUGGCUAGCUGUCUUUUUUGCUUUAACCUUGUUAAUUUUAGCUUCCAUGAUAACUGCUGCACUACUGUGCAGUUUGGUUAAUUUUUCUCUGGUGACGCUGAAUGUGUUCGUUCCUUUUGCUGCUCUUGAAUCUGUAUUUGUAGCUCGAUAGGGUAGACAGUGAUUGGUGGCUAAUUUGAGAUUGGAUAUCAUGAAUGCAGAGCUUGCACCUAAUUGUUGGUUGGUGCAAUUGAAAGUAUUUUUAAGGCAAAUUCUAAGCUGGCUUCUUCUUCAUAGGCAGGUAGCCAGGUACCAACCCAAGUUGUUCUCCAUAUUAAUUUAAGGAC